UGAAACGCAGUAUCCCUCUGAAUCGACCUCAAGCGUUUCCGUCUGACUGGGAGGACACCUUCGCUGGAUUACCAACCCCCAUCCCUACAGAAGAGAACCUCACGCGAUCAUACUGGAUGGACGAUGAAUUCUACAACAAAUACAACCUCGAGAUCAACACCAAGGCACUCGUAUAUGCCACCAUGAACACUCUGAACAUCACCUCUCCCGUCCCCGAAAUCGUGCACAAAGGGUCAGGAAGCUUCAACAGCGUCUUCUGCGUCACCUUUCCUACCAAUACCCCAGGUGCUCCACGGUUCCGUGUCGCUGCUCGGAUACCCAAGAAGAUAGCACGAGCACCUGGCAGGAUCGAGUCAAUCGUGGCCGUGACGUCGAUGGCGCACUACGUCAAAGGGAUUCCCGCCCCGGAGAUCUAUGCGUGGCACCCGGGGUCUGACAAUCCUGUAGGCGCGCCAUACAUGCUCAUGAAAUGGGUGGACGGUAUCGAACCUUGGGAACAAUGGCAUGGUUACAACAAGUCCGAGAAGACACAGUUCAUGGAGCAACUCGUCGAUUAUCACGCAGAAUUCGCUGAGCCUCUACCGUUUGCAGGCAUGGGGAGCGUCUACUUCGCAAAAACGGACGAUGGGAGCGACCUCCCUCUCGACAACAUAUCUUCCUACCGCCUCGGCCCAUUCUCCAGAGGUCCAACAUGUACCGUCCACCGCGGAAUUUCUGCCUGGCCGCAGACAACCCCAACCUCUCUCCGACAAUUCUGGGUCGAGCUCUGGCAACACGAAGUCGAUUACAUCACAUCCACGCACGGCACUGACGAAUCCACCAUCAUCGCCACCGAGGACCAUCCCAGCCAGUCAAUACAAGAAGACGUCACGCUUGGCGAAUUCCUGAAGGUUGCAGACGCCGUCCGCCUCCUCAUCGAUAACUGCAAGCUACCCUCUCCAGGAGACCACCCAGGUUUGUACUCUCCGAGCAUCGUUACAACCGACUACGCCUUCCGGAACAUCAAGAUCGAGCCGGAGACGCGCAAGAUCACAAGUUUCAUCGAUUGGGACGAUGUAUACGUGAUGCCAUUCUUGCUCGGCAGUCGCUAUCCGGAGGAUAUCUGUUUUUACGAAGGCUCAGGGGAGAGGUGGCACAAGACUGGUGCCUUUUUGUUCUUGCCGAUCGACGAGGAAGGCGAUAUCCCAGAUGAGGAGGAAGCAGUUGAUGUCAAGGUCGAGGAGGCAGGCACAGAGGUGGAAGAAACAGGCGACACCGACGAGUCUAGAAGCGAUGUCGGAUACGACAUCCCUCCUCCUAGCAAGACCCCAUCAGAGGCAACCGGAGACAGCGCUAGUGAGACCGAAAACGAGGACUCGCCCUUCGAGCCAUUCGAGCCCACCAACGAACCACUGUCUAUGGAGCCCGACACAGAGGACUACGACUUCCCUCGUCGCGUGAGGGAUACCCGACUACGUCGUGAGUACGAAGCAUUGCUCAUAGCACGCGAUCCGCGGUUUGGAUUUGAAGGGUUCUGGAAGAUGAGGGAGGACCCAUUGAAGAUCCAACAUUUGGUCACGCACGGUUGGACGGAGUGGCUGAGCAAGGCUGAGUGGAUACAGGACAGGACAAAGGAGAUGCACGAGAUUUGGCAGCCGUUUAAUGUCAAGUGAU